AUGAGGCGAUCAGUGGGGGAGUUUGCAAGUGUAAUAAGCCGAGCUCUCAUUCACGCAUCAAAGCAAAGAAGCCAAACAUGGACGCCAGCACUAGAGCAGACGUUAUAUCGCCUCGGAUGCCGGGAAUCACUCAGCCCGACACUCGUCGCCCGAGUCAUCGACCCUUUUCUUGUCCACCACCAUUCUCUUGCACUCGGUUUCUUCAACUGGGCCUCUCAGCAACCUGGAUUCUCUCAUGACUCCUCCACUUACCAUUCAAUUCUCAACUCUCUCUGCAUCACUCGCCAGUUCAACACCCUUGAUAAGCUCUUUAAACAGGUAAAAGCCCAGAAAAUCCGUCUCCAUCCUGCUCUAUAUCGCUCUGUCAUUGCUUCCCACAUCAUUGCUAAGAAAUCCAAUUUAGCAUUUUCCAUUUUCACUGAGGUCCCUUCGUUCGCAUCGGAGAUUGGAUCCCAAACUUGUAAUUCACUUCUCGCUGCUUUAUCGUCAGAAGGGAACUAUAAAUGUGCUUUUCAGGUGUUCGACGAAAUGAAUCACAGAGGUGUUCGCUUGAACACUCUUGGUUUUGGUGUGUUUCUGUGGAGAUUCUGUGGAUUUAAUGGGUUGGAAAAGACUUUGAGUUUGUUAGAUGAGGUUAGGAAGAUUGACUUUUCGGGAAUUAAUGGAUCCCUUCUGGCAGUUUUAGUCGUGCAGGGGUUAUGUUCUCAGUCUAGGAUAGCAGAAGCUGUUUCUGCUUUUGAUGAAUUGAGGAUAAGGGAAUGUAAACCUGAUUUUAUUGCUUAUAGUAUUGUUGCUGAAGCGUUGGGGAAUAUGCGAAAUGUAGUUGACAAAGAUUUGGUUUUGAAGAAGAAGAGAAAACUAGGGGUCGCACCAAGGAAUAACGAUUAUAAAGAGUACAUCUUUGAUUUGAUUUCGGAGAGGCUGAUUUCCGAAGCUAAAGAUUUGGGCAAAGUAAUUGCGUCUGGUAACUUUCCUAUGGAUGACGAUUUGCUCAAUGCUUUGAUAGGAUCAGUUUCAGCCAUUGAUCCUAUACUUGCCAUCUUUUUCUUGAACUUCAUGCUAGAUAGAGAAAGGUCCCCUAAUCUUGUUACUGUGACAAGUUUAAGUGCAAACCUUUGUAAGCAUGGGAAGCUUGAUGAAUUGCUUGAAGUUUUUCAAAAAUUGUCUUCUAGAAACUAUUUUACUGACACACAUGGCUAUAAUAUUAUGGUUUCAUUUUUGUGUAAGGCUGGCAAAGUGAGAGAAGCUUACGAAGUUCUCCGUGACAUGAGAAGAAAAGGUGCAGUUCCUGAUAUACAAUCUUACAAUCUCCUGCUAGAAGCUUGCUGUAGAGAAGAUCUACUGCGACCAGCAAAACGGUUGUGGGAUGAGAUGUUCACAAAUGGGUGCCCUGGUAAUUUAGAGACUUACAAUAUUCUUAUUCAGAAGUGUUCAGAAGAAAGUGAAAUUGAAGAUGCUUGUAGGCUUUUCCAUGACAUGAUUGAGAAAGGAGUAGUACCUGAUGCUAUUACAUACACUUCAGUCCUUAAAGGGCUUUGUCAAGCAAAAGAUCUCAAAAUGUCUCUUGAAGUCUUCAGCAAAUGUGCUACACAAGAUCAAACCCUUGCACGUUCCAUCUUGUGUACAUUCAUACUCAGCCUCUGCAAGGAAGGUUAUUUGGUUCCUGCAAUGGAGUUACUCCGUGACCAAAGCACUGAUACUGCAUUUUUAGACUCCCAUCUGAAUUUUCUCAAUUUUUUAGCUGAUGCUGAAGAGAUAAGUUUGGCUGUUGAAUAUUUGAAGUGGAUUCAAGGCAAAUCCCCUUUGAUGCAUCAAGCACUGAGCAAUGAAAUAUUGGCAUCAAUAUCAUCUUCUUCAAAACCAGAUCCAAUUUUUAAGUUAUUUCAAGUGAUGCAAGAAAACCGUCUCACUUGUACUAAUGAGUUGGGGAAAGAAAUGGCUUACAGAUGA